AUGGAGUCGCUGUCGAGCAAGAAAACGGAAGAGCAGCGCCGGCAGGAGGAAAUCAAGAAGCAAAUCGCGCAUCUCCAGGCUCAACUGAAGGAUCCUACAGCCAUACCCACGGAUAUUACUCCUUCCUCCCCGAAAAGAAAGACGCCAGAUUCGAGCUUGCUGGUUCCUGCUACUCCUUCACCUAAAAAGAAGAGGAGAGUCAGUGACGAAGGUGAAAAUAAGCUCGGAAGUCCUUCGCGCCGGGGCAACCAGAAGCCCGUUCCUCUCUCGUUCCCCAUCAAGCCAACGAAAGAUACUAUCAGCAGCCGCAAACAGCCAAAACCGCUUCCCAUCACCAAACAACCCCCUUCUAAUGUACUCCAGAAACUGUCAAGUUUGAGUGGAAAGUCGACAGAUGAUACCUUGGAAGGAACCCUCUCUAGGUCUUCUGGCUUUAGAGACGCGCCUGCUACGAGGGUUCCUCAAGGACAGGAGCAGAGUUCAGAGACCGCACUGCGACGGGAUGAUAGGCUGGCUCUAGUGGAGGAGUUAGAGGUCGGACCUGCGGAGCACAGGCCCCCUUUUGAUGAUCCCCACUUUGAGAAACUGGAGCCUAACUCCGGAAUUCGUUUAUCUCAACGUGCUAUCCCUUAUGACGAGUUCCAAGACUAUCUACGAGGGCGUUACUAUCUCUCACCAUCUCGCCUUUACUCGGUUAUCCGACUACUGCCCAGCAAGGCAGGGUAUGAAGUACCCGUGGAAGGCGACUGGGUCACGAUCGCCAUUGUAGCCGAGAGAGGACCUGUCAAAUUCAGCCGAGCGCCCGUCGGCACCACGAAAGAUGACGACGGUAUCGAAAGCGACAACGAGGCUGGCCCGUCCAAACCUCCAGAGUCGAAACAAGCCAAACCGAAGGGGAAAGGUAAAGACGUGCCCCAGGAGAGGAAACCCCACGGGAAACGCUACGUCAAUCUAAAGCUGAUUGAUUUCGGGGCUCGCUCUGGCGGGGCGUCGGCUACUGGCGGUAAAGCUGUCAUUCGUGGCGAUGCUUUUCUGACAUUGUUGCUGUUCGAGUCCGACGGCUGCGAGGUCAUUGAGAAUGACGAAGCGGAGAAGCGGAAGGUGUGGAGAGGAGGUAGCAAAGGGGCGUUCGAAGCCAUGGCGAAGCUGAAAGAAGGCGCUGUUGUUGCGUUGUUGAACCCAAGAAUUCUGAAACCGUUCCAGCGAUCGAAUGAUGCGCCGCACCCGGUGAACAAUAUACUUGCGCUGACACCGGAGUCCGCGGAUAGUAUCGUAGUCAUCGGACACGCCAAAGACCUCGGGAUGUGUACCGUUGUCAAGAGGGAUGGGAAGAUCUGCGGAGGUUGGUGCGACAAGCGCGUCAGCGAUGUUUGCGAGUGGCACAUCCAAACCGCAGUCGAGAGACGAAGAGCUGGUAGAAGCGAAACGUCUGGCAUGUCGAGUAACCCUGGCGGGAAACGUAGACGACCAGAGUACGAUCCCCAGCGUCAGUGGGGGCUCAAGCCUGAGCUCAACACGGGCGCGGGUGCAGUUUAUGUUGUGUCUGGGCACGUCGUGUCUGGCUCCUCGGGCAAGAACGAUAUGUUCGUGAGCGAGACGAUAGGUAGGGAGGGUCAGGCGAAAGCUGCACGGAAGCUCGCGGCGAAGGACGCUGACAAGGCACUGCGCGGGAUACUGAAGAGGGACAAGGAGGGAAUGAAGGCCGUCGUUAAGGCGAGGGAGUUCGGCCUGAAGGAGAAGGAGAAGACGAAGGGCGGCGUGAAUAAGAAAGGGGAUGCCAAGGGAAAGGAGAAGGCAGACGCACCAGAGGCCAGCGAGGGGACGUCCAAAGUCAAAAACGCUUUCUCGGCGAAGAUGAUAAAGGAACUCGGCUUCGAUCCUACGAAUAAGAACGGGUCCAGGAAAGCGGAUGAGGACAGCGAGGUGCAGAAAAAGGUGCGAUGCGUUUCGUACCCAGCGUGGACGAUGCUGAUUACCGGCAGCUCCAAACGCUGA